UCCAUAUACGCUCGUGUUUUGUGACUCUCUUCCGAUUCUUGUUAUUCUAACGCCGAAUAAUUAUUUUAUUAUGCAAAUGUACCCACGGGCGAUAUUUCAUUUCGUCGUCGUCGUCGUUGCGUUUAUGUACCACGACGCGCAGUUUCACUCGUAAUACGAUCAUUAUCAAAAGACGUCAGAAUGACGAUGAAAAACAGAAAGUUCGAUACAAUAAACGAAGAAAUCAUUGAUUCUACGGUCAACGAAGAAACCGAGCCGACUUUUACGAGCCAAACGAUCGGUUGCAAUAAAAACGAAUUGUUUCAAGAAUAUCUUUCCGGCAAUUGGCAGACUUUUUUUAAUAAUUGGGACAAAUCCUUCUCCCCGAAAGUGCGAAUUUUGAACGAAUACAGAGUCAUGACGCUCAAGCUGAGAAUACAUUUUGCCGUGCUUCCCGUUCGAGUUGAGCUUUUGCAUCAACACGUCGAUAAUGAAUCGUCCGAGUUCAACAGACACGUGACUCAGAUUUUACGAAAUGGAUCGUUAAUAAAUUUUCAAAGAAAUAGAAAAAGUGAAAGUACCGAAUGGUCCGUGAAAAGUAUGAAACAGCUCGAAGACUACUUAAAUUCCAACGAUGGCCAGAUAUUAUCCAAAGAGCUGGAAAACACGUCGUUGAUAAAAUUCUUUGCUCUUCCGUACAUACUUAAUCCGCACGAAGAUGAGUCGAUAUCGAGUGUUUUCAGUAUCAAGUGGUUGGAAGCGUUGACCAUCGAGUUGGAAAAGUUUCUCGAUAAAUAUUUGCCGAGCGAUUCCGAGUCGGAAAAAUUGUCGAACACAGAGAAUGAGAAAAAAACCUACUCAGUGAAAUCGAUCGAUGGUACGGAAGAAAUUUCGGACGCUUGCCACGGAACAUCGUGCAAUCGAGAUGAUGAUAUGCAUAUGGUAAAUAAAAAACAAGACAUCGAAGGUUGGAUUGCUCAACAGCAACUCAUUUCCGCUGUCGAUGAUAAAAGCUUUAGCACGAAAAGUUCGCAAACCUACAUCAGCGGCCUUGAAUCUAGCACGAUGAUCUCGAAAAUCGAUACAAGCGAUGAAGUAGCUGAAACUGACAAAAAAUUAGCCGCCAAUAAUGAGCUGAACUCGAUCAAAUCAAAAUUAUUCGAAGUUUACAAACAUUACAAGAAGCUGAAAGUGAAGUUUCAUAAACUUCACGAAGAUUACCAAAAACUCAAUGAAGUAGCGGAGGUCUUGACUAUUGCCCUGGAAAACUCAGUCAAAGGUCAACCGGUAAAACUGGGUACAAUUUUGCAUUCUUGUAUAAAUAUUUUUCCAAACAGAUUUCGCCGGGAUCUACCGGAAAUCGAUUCCGAGGACUCAACGAUCGAUUUGAAAUAUUUACCUGUAUCUGUGCCAUCUGAAUCAUUAGACUACAAAAAAAUCAAACUCCAUUUGAAAAGUAGCAACGUCCGAACGAAAUUACUACUACUUCAAGCUCUACGACAAAAAAUCACGCUCAGUCCGCCCGAGGAUCGGGACGUCAUCGUUCUGAAUUAUAUGAAUAACGAUCUAUUAGGUUUGUUCGGAGAUGUUUCUUUGGGAAUUUUCGAAGAGAACAUUCUACGAUUCAUUUUAAAGCCUCUCAAUACGAUUGACAACGCGAGCUAUCUGCAACAGACAACCGCAAGGCUACUGAAUGCACUGGCAUCAUUGAACUCCGGCAGAAAUUAUCUGACCACCAGUCCAAAAGUACUGAAUGCGAUCAUCAAGUACUUGGACAGUCUGUCACUGAACGGCUCGCACGGGGACUCGUGCACCCUGGACAUGCUGCUGGCCACUCUACAGAAGAUGUCACUGCGUAAACAGCAGCGAGUUUACAUGGUCGAGGCAAAUCUGAUCGAGUGGCUGCUGCACCAUUUGGCAUCAACAGCGAGCGCGGACAGCGAUGAUAUUUGCGCGAUAAGCGCCUACAGAUUGGAGUACGCUGCGGCGCUACUGAUGAAUCUCUCGCUGCAAAGCGAGGCGCGAGCGCGAGCCUCGGCGCUUUCUCCGGUGCUCAUUUCUACUUUGAAGAAUUUAUUGUCCUUGGAUCGCACGCAGUUGAUACCGUACGCAAACGGAGCGCUGCAGAAUUUCCUACUCAACAACGUGAUCAACGAAGCCGCCAGGAACGAUAAUCUCGCGGAUUUUUUGAACUGGCUCUACGAACAAGUGAGAGCUGAGUUCAGAGAUCAAAUAUUGCGCACCCUGCGCAUUCAUUUGCGAGAGCACUACAACGAUUUGUCCGACGACGAAGACGAAGAUGACUUGUCCGAUGAGGACGACGCCAUAUCCGACAUUCUGGAAAAUGAGUUGGAGGAGAAUGAUCCAAUAAAACGCAUAAAGGACGAGCUGUGCGGCGAGCAACUGCUCGCGCUAUCGUAUUCCAAGGCGGAAGCAGAUUUCGAUAAGAAAAAAUUGCCAGCACGUCCACCGCUUCCGGCUCCAAAUUCGGAUACUUUACAAGAAACCUGCGAUGUGCAGCCAGCAACAGCAUCUGCAGCAGUCGACGAUGCCGCCGCUCGUGCGAUGCUUCUGAGUACGAGCAGUGAAACUACGCGCGAAAUUGAUUUCAAAACAGAAAACUCCAAGACGAAAGAGAAAAUUAGUACGAUACCGGCGGAUAAAAGCAGCGAUGAGAAAUCAUUUGCCGAUGAAAUCAAUGCCUUUCAAGCGAAACCAAGGAUCAUGCGAACUCCGCCGGGCUCGUUCAAGCGCAAGACAACUGCUGUUGUUGCUGCUACUGCUGAGGAGAAGGCGAAGCUUUCGGAAAUAACGUGAAUGAACUCGUUUGGUGUCUUAGUUUUCAAAGCUUUUUUGUCGAAAGCAUUAUGAUUUUUAUUUAACAAAAUGUAACAGUACAAAGUCUAUCAUCGAGAAGCAUUAUCUUAAAUUUACAUGAUUGAAAAAGUACAGUUAUAUGAUUGAGAAAUACAAUUAUGUAUUUGAACACAUUCAUUCGUGCUAUGACAGGUAAGGUAUGCCGCACGCCUUAAGUGUGCGGUUUGUAUAGGUAAUACUAUAUUUAACUCAAAAAAAUACAACAUGGUGUAACUCGCGCGUUUAUCUAAUUUUCAAAACUAUAAAAUGUAUAUCUUUAUAAAAUAAAGCUAAA